UAAAGUUUUAAAAAUAAUCUUUAAAAUUAUGGUAGAGAAAAAUAAUUUGUUUUACCUUUUUUAAAUCUUAAUUUUUAAAUUUGUAUUUCCUCCUAGGAUAGUUUUGGAUUGAACUAAAGUCCUGAGAGGAUGUCACUGCUGAGCCAUGGGGAUGGUGGUGUGCAGGAGUUGUGAGGAGGCUUGCUCCUGAGUCUUCAGAGGCUGUAACUCAGGCUGUCCGAAGCUGCGUCAGUUGGCAUAGUUGUUACUGUCAGAAUCUGCUCUGGAAACUUCUCAGGAGAAGGAAGCACUUCCAGCUUUACUCUUCUCUUGCCUCUCUACCUCUGAGCCAGAUAUGGCCCCAUUUCUGUCUCUGGCCACCACUCUGUGCCUCUUGUCCUUUACUGGGCAUGUCUCAGGGUGCCAUCUCGAGCAUCUUUGCCUUGAGCUGUAUGUAGUCUGCCUCUCAGGGAGCCGAGGAGGAGUUCACAUGUGAAAAUUGUAGCUAUUUCCCCCCCUUAAAUAGCAAGAAUACUUUAUUCCAAACCUAGUGUCAAACACAAGGACAGUGCAGAUUUGAACAGAAUACACUGUCCAGGAAGCAGGCUGUAUGAGUGAAGGUGCUCAGAUGCUUCCUGGGACUGUAGUUGCCCUUACCCCCCAGCUGAGUGGUCAUGAUUUGAACCAGGAUGGUAACCUUUUGGAAAAGGAGCUUUUAGAGAAGUAGGGUUCUUCCAAAAGCUUAGACUUCACAGAUGAGCCCUCCCAUAUUGUGCCCCCAGCUCAAGCAGGUUUGCUUUUAGCUUUUUUGAGAUAGGGUUUCAUACUUUAAUCUAGGUUGGCCUGGAACUCACUGUUAUUCGAUAUAAUUGCUUCUCUACCAUUUUUAAAAUAAAGAGGAAAGGAUGUUUAGUAGCUUAGUGACUACUCAAACUGCAGUUAACCCUGUGGCUCUGAACAGAAGUGGGUCAGCAGGCUGAAAUCCUGCAUUUCUAGAGUACGUACCUAAUUUUCCAGUGAACAUUGUGCCCGGGUUAUAGGUGUCAGGUUAGUAAACGUGUGUAAAUCUAAAAUCGGUCCCAAGCUUAGAUUGCUGCUAGUGCUUCUGUUGUGUGGAUCUGUCCUCAGCCAUAGACAGGGUUUAGUGCUUGUCAACCUUCCUGUAGUUUUAACCUCAGGAAGUGCCCAGGUUGAGUUAGCUUUGCCAGGACACCUUGGGCUAGAACUCAGGUCUCUAUUACAUCACAGGGUGGUAACUACUUCGGGUACUUAGCCUCCAUUGUGAUUGUAAUAAAGGCAGAGACAAAGGCUUGCCCUACCGCACUCUGCUCCAGAUCUCACAGCUGUGUAAUGUGAAGCGGGAAAGAGCCGCCUUCACUCCACCAGUGGGGUGGGGUGUAGAAGGGAGGAGAAUGAUACUGUGGCAGGUGGCUUUGUGCCCUUUGGUUUCUUUAGGUGGAAUUAACCACCUUAGGAGGAGAGGAGGAAGGACUACGUAGUAACAAACCCUUGAAGGACCCUGACUUUUUUAGGGGUUAGUUCUUUUUUUUUUUUAGGGGUUAGUUCUUGAAAGGUGAAAAACCAGCCUCUGAAGCAGACCCCUUAGUGCUAAGUGACUCCUCCCUGCCACCUGGCCAGUGCCCAAGCGGAAGAUGGAGUACAAAGAGGGAGGUGUUUUCUGCUGGAGGAAUGGGCCAUGCGGAGCCGGGUCUGUGAAAGCCUGUUAGAGAUGUGAACAUUGCAAAAGUUUGGAAGUUCCUUGCCUUCACAUUGCUGGAAUCAACGUCUUGCUCACCUGAGCCGCUCACCCAAUGGAGACAAACAGAACUAGGGCCCUUGUGCUGACUAACGUCUGAGUCACAAGGCAGCCAGGAGACUUUGUUUGUGAAAGACCCAUUUCCAUCACUGUGCUUUUCCCAAACUCCGGAAUACACACUCCCCUCUGAACUGUAGUUACAAGCCCAGGGCUCCUGGAGGUUUUCGUGACUUCUCACAAGUGGCCUUAUUCUAACUCAGAGAUCCCCGGCAUUCGGCUGACCCCGAAGUGGCAGGCAGCAUGCCUACUCAAUCGCUCCUCGUGUACAUGGAUGGGCCGGAAGUCAUUGGCAGCUCUCUCGGCACCCAGAUGGAGGUGGAUGAUGCUGUGUCCAUCAAAGGGCCAGCUGUAGUCCCCUUUCGAGCCGCACAGGAGAGGAGCAUGACCCCAGCUGAAGGGCACAUGCCCCUGGACUGCAUGUUCUGCAGCCAGGCCUUUUCCCAUGCAGAAGACCUCAAUCAACACGUGCUCCUGCAGCACCGGCCCACCCUCUGUGAGCCAGCCGUCCUGCGUGUGGAGGCCGAGUAUCUAAGUCCUCUUGAUAAGGGUCAGGUGCCGACAGAAUCCCCGAAGGAGAAGAACUGCAAAGACAAUGAAGAACUGAGCUGUGACGUGUGUGGGCAGACAUUCCCAGGGGCCUUCGAUGUUGAGAGCCAUAUGAAGAAACAUAAAGACUCCUUCACAUACGGGUGCAGCAUGUGCGGGAGACGGUUUAAGGAGCCGUGGUUUCUGAAGAACCACAUGCGGACACACAAUGGCAAAUCUGGCACCAGGAGCAAGUUGCAGCAGGGCCUCGAGAGUCCUGUCACCAUCAAUGAAGUGGUUCAGGCACAUGUAGCUGGGAACAUCUCCACUCCCUACAAGAUCUGCAUGGUUUGUGGCUUCCUCUUCCCGAAUAAGCAGAGCCUCAUUGAGCACAGUAAGGUUCAUGCCAAAGAGACCACCUCCAGUGCCAGUAGCACAGCCCCUGAUGCCCAACAAGAGGGACCCACAUCCCCCAGAGAAGAGCUGCUGCAGUUUUUGAACUUGAGACCCAGAUCCCACCCAGAGACUACAGUGAAGCCCAUCACCUGUAUACCUCAGCUUGACCCGUUCACCACCUACCAGGCAUGGCAACUGGCCACCAAAGGAAAAGUGGCCAUUGCCCAGGAAGAGGUGAAAGAGUCAGGCCAAGAAGGAAGCACGGACAAUGACGAUUCAUGUUCAGAGAAAGAGGAACUUGGAGAAAUUUGGAUUGGGGGUAAGACGGAAAGUUCUGCAAAGUCCAAAACAAAUAGAAGCAGUUGUCCAGGUCUCUCACAAGACAGAGAGAAACCUAGACAUGCCAACAGUGAAGUGCCUUCUGGGGAUGGUGACCCCAAGUUGCCUAGCAGCAAGGAGAAGCCCACACACUGCUCUGAGUGCAGUAAAGCCUUCAGGACCUACCACCAGCUUGUCCUGCACUCCAGAGUGCACAAGAAGGACAGGAGGGCUGAUGCCCCAUCGCCCACCAUGUCUGUGGAUGGAAGACAGCCUGGGACUUGCUCCCCAGACCUCGCUAGCACGCUGGAAGACAGUGGGGCCGUGGACCGAGAAGGGGGUUCUGAAGAUGGGUCUGAGGAUGGGCUCCCUGAAGGGCUCCAUUUGGAUAAAAAUGAUGAUGGAGGAAAAGCAAAGCCCCCCCCGUCCUCGAGAGAGUGUAGUUACUGUGGCAAGUUUUUCCGUUCAAACUAUUACCUCAAUAUUCAUCUCAGAACGCAUACAGGUGAGAAGCCGUACAAAUGUGAGUUCUGUGAGUAUGCCGCAGCCCAGAAGACUUCUCUGAGGUACCACCUGGAGAGACAUCACAAGGACAAGCAGCUGGUGGAUGGUGCGGCCGAGGCUAAAAAUGAAGGCCGGAGCCAAGAGACACAGGAAGCAUUACGAACCGCUGACAAUGCGCACACCAAAAAUUUGAAACGAUUUCUUGAUGGUGCCAAAGAUGUUAAGGGCAGCCUGCCUGCCAAGCAGCUUAAGGAGACGCCUUCUGUCUUCCAGAGUGUUCUCUCACCAGCACACAAGGAUACUCAGGAUUUCCAUAAAAAUGCAGCUGACGACGGCGAGAAAGUGCGAAGGAGUCCUGCCCCUGCUUAUCUGGACGUGCCGAAAAGGAGAGCAGCUGGCGAACCUCAGGCCAGUGGCCCUGCCUGUAAACUCGAAGCGGGUGGGCCCCUGGCCUGGGAAGCUGGCCGUAGGGAGAAGAUGGAGUGGGAGGCCGAAGGCAGGUACAAGCCCGGUGCUGACUGCCAGGACAGGCCUUUGAAUCUGUCCCUUGGGGCACUCCACCCCUCUCCUGCUAUCUCUCUGAGCAAGUGUCUCAUUCCCAGCACCGCCUGCCCCUUUUGUACCUUUAAGACCUUUUAUCCGGAAGUUCUGUUGAUGCACCAGAGACUGGAGCACAGGUAUUACCCUGACACCCACAAGAACUGCAGUAGCAAGUCAGUGCUGAGGAGCCGGAGGACAGGCUGUCCUCCUGCCCUGCUGGGCAAAGAUGUGCCUCCCUUAUCUGGCCUGCACAAGCCCAAGGUCAAGCCUGCCUUCUCAUCACAGGCCAAGUCCCUGCACCCAGAAAAGGUCCGGCAGGGCACUUCGGGACCAAGCAAAGCUCCCCAGACAUCAGGGCCAGACAACAGCACUUUAGCCCCAAGUAACCUGAAGUCACACAGGCCACAGCCUACUGGGGGCCUCGGGGCCACCAGGCAGCAGCAGUCAGAGCUGUUUCCCAAAGGUGGCAUCUCUGCUGCUAUGGAUAAGGUGAAAAGACCCGAGCCGAAGCUCAAGGCCCUGCCAGCUGCCUCAUCUCAGACCCCACUCAGCAGUAGUAAUGGCAACGGUUCCAUGGAGUAUCCCAUGAAGGUUGAUAGCUCAUGGGUGCCUCAAGGGAGAGACUACUACUGCCAUCGGAAUGCAGGCAGUGCCACAGCAGAGUUCAGUGAGCCACUUCCCAAAAGGCUCAAAUCAGGUGUGGUGGCCCUGGAUACAGAACAUCCUGGGCCCAACGGGAGAAGGGGCUUUGAGCUGCGCAAGUACCCUGUGGUCAGGAACAUCACCUCGCUGUUACCAGAACCUGUGUGUCCAUCGUCUGUCCUGUCCCCCAAAGCCUGUUUCCUGAGCCACGGAGAGGUGGAGUCGCCCAGUGUGUUGACCAUGCAGAAGCCCUACAGCGCCUCUGGACCUCUGUAUACCUGUGGGCCUGUGGGACACACAGGCACCAGCCCAGCCCUCGAAGGAAAGAGGCCUGUGUCAUAUCAGCACCUGUCCAAUAGCAUGCUUCAGAAAAGAGGCUAUGAGAACUGUAUUGGAAGUACACAUUACCGACCAAAUGACAAAAAAACUUGAUUUCCGAUUUUUUGGGAAAAAGGUCUCGCUGGAUGCAGUACAUACUUUCCACGGAAUCACAAGUUGAUCCAUCUUGUGAGAGCUACUGAACAAGCCGUGACUGUGCUGGGCAGAGACUUGAGCAGAGAAGGAACACUACAUUCUCUAAAGUUCUGUCAACUUUUGUACCAAAUAGCAAUAAAAACUAGUGGGAGCAGUUGGGCUGUACACAAAUGGGGAUGCAAAUCUAUUUUGUCCCUAAAUAUUUUUUUACAGAAUUGACCAAAUAAGUUUUUGCAUACUUGAGCGCUGCUGAAAUGAAAUCAUUUGGGGGUGGGGUGGGGUGGGAACUGUUGGAAAGCUCGCACCUCAGGUAACUGUAGAUACCUAUGUUGUAAACCUGCUUUAAGAACUGUGUUUCCUUCCUCGUGGAGCUCAGUGAUGUGAGCAGUUUCUGCUUCUUUCUGCUUUUUCAUUUAAACGUGUUCUAAAGCAAAUCUGCUUGCCCUGUAUGAUGCUGAGUCCUCCACAAUCUAUUAUUUGUCUUAACAAACUUGCUGAUGGAAGUAUUGACAGUCUGGAGAUGCGCUGUGCGUCUGAGGUCAGCGGGACUGAGCCUUGCACCUUUAGUCAGCUGCUGUCAGCUAUUCAGCGAGGAAGAUACCGUUGUCUUUGUGUGUACAGGUUCUGGAACCCCAGCUCCUGCCUGGGGGUGGCCUGUGGUGCUUCUGAGCGAAUGUGCCUACAGAGAAACGACUGCUCUGUAGAGUGGCCGACAUUGAGUGGACGAGCCAAGCUCCGUGGGGAGCUACCUCGGUUCUUCAUUUCUGCUGUAAGAUUCAGUUUCUUGGAGAGUUGUCUUGAGUUAAGUCUAAAUAAAUAUGCCAAAUUUCCUUGUGUGAAUUGCAUGCUGGGAAGCAAUUUUAAAGGGAGUAAGAAGUUUGGGGAAAUUUUUUAGUUUGUGUCUGGAGUCUUGGUGUGUCUGUGAAGUGGGAACGAACACCUGGAGUCUGGGUGAGAGCUGUUGGCUGAGCCUCCUGGGAGGCAGGGUGAGGAAAGCUGCCGUAGUAACCCUUGUCUCCAUGUUUUUUUGUUUUACAGUCAGGGUGAUUUCCUCAGUGCACAGGCAGUUUGGGAUUGAGGGGCAACAGCCACCAGCUGGCUCACUCGGCAUUUUAAACUUGAGUUCCUUUGAUGCCUUGAGUUUAGUCAACAAUUCUUGGGUUUAGCAAACCCAAAAUAUUUUAUUAAGAAACUGUUUGAAAAGUAAAUUUGCACUGCUUGUUUUUCUUGCCCCACCCCUCUUGUUAGGACAGAAGGGCAAAGAGCGCCAAGAACCCAACAUCUCCCCACUUUGACAGUGGAACAUGGGUGUCCUGUGCUGGGGAUACCCCCGGUUGAGAUGUGUCUGCUCUGGCAGAGAGUGCUUUUUGUACCAGGAACAUGUACACUAGGCCCUGUUCCCGUCCACAAGCUGAGCCAUAUGUACAUAAUCUAGACUGUUUCCUUAGGUUCUGCACUUUGAUAGCCUAUUUUUGAGGAUGAACACAUUUGCAAGAUGAUUGACUCAAUCUUUGCCUAAAUCCAGCGAGUGUGCAAGAAGCUCGCAGAGAUGGUAAAUGUGAAUCUUGGUAGGGGGGGCAAAAUUAAGCCUGCAUUAAAAAAAAAAAAAUCACCAAAUCUAUUAGAAAGCACGUCACUGUGUUUAAGGCUGAAAUUCUGGGGGCUUUCAGAUUUUUCUAGUUACAUUUUCUGAAUGCAUAAAAAUUGCAGGUUUUUGUUUGUGUUUGAACAGCCCUUUGUACUUCACAGUCUGUUCUUGCCAUCAGUAUUAACUCUUGAUACUACUGGCUUCCUGUGUCUUUCCUGUGAGACAACAGUACAUGUGAUAGAGGUACAAUUCGUUGGAUUUUUGUUAAUGUAUUUAUUUCAUUCCGGUUUGAUUUAAUUGUUGAUACUUAAGUUGUCAGACCGUAGACAUGCUUUAUUUAUGAUAUAUUUCAGCUUAAAGUUAUGUAUGUUGUUAUAUGUGGAUGUAAAUAUAGAUUUGGUGUUUUACA